AUGGCUGAACAACAACUAGGAGUGCUCAAGGCACUCGAUGUUGCGAAAACUCAACUUUACCAUUUCACGGCGAUCGUUAUCGCCGGAAUGGGUUUCUUCACAGAUGCUUAUGAUCUGUUUUGCGUCUCUUUGGUGACCAAGCUUCUUGGCCGCAUCUACUACUUCAAUCCGUCGUCAGAAAAACCUGGCUCACUUCCCCCUCAUGUGGCCGCUGCGGUCAACGGUGUGGCUCUCUGUGGGACCCUUGCGGGUCAGCUAUUCUUUGGAUGGCUCGGUGAUAAACUCGGAAGAAAAAAAGUGUAUGGUAUCACUUUGAUCAUGAUGAUCAUGUGCUCCGUGGCAUCCGGUCUAUCUUUUGGUAACAAAGCCAAGGGUGUCAUGACCACUCUUUGCUUCUUUAGAUUUUGGCUGGGAUUUGGUAUUGGAGGUGACUACCCACUUUCUGCCACUAUUAUGUCUGAAUACGCUAACAAGAAGACACGUGGUGCUUUCGUCGCGGCCGUGUUCGCCAUGCAAGGUAUUGGCAUCUUAGCCGGAGGUUUCGUGGCACUUGCGGUCUCUUCCAUUUUCGACAAAGAGUUCCCAUCUCCGACCUAUGAAGUCGAUAGAGCUCUCUCAACGCCUCCACAAGCUGACUACAUUUGGCGAAUCGUCGUCAUGUUUGGUGGUAUACCCGCAGCUUUGACUUACUACUGGCGUAUGAAGAUGCCCGAAACUGCUCGUUACACCGCUUUGGUUGCAAAGAACGUCAAACAGGCGACACAAGACAUGUCCAAAGUUUUACAAGUGGAACUUGAGGUUGAGCACAGAGCAGAGGUUAUCGUUUCAGACCCAAGACUAAACUAUGGCUUGUUUUCCAAGGAAUUCGCCAAGCGUCAUGGUCUUCCCCUUCUCGGAUGUACCUCCACUUGGUUCUUGCUAGAUAUUGCUUUUUACAGCCAAAACUUGUUUCAAAAAGAUAUAUUUUCGGCUAUCGGAUGGAUUCCAAAGGCAGCAACCAUGAACGCAAUCGAUGAGGUUUUCAUGAUCGCUAGGGCACAAACUCUCAUUGCACUUUGCAGUACCGUUCCUGGUUACUGGUUCACGGUCGCAUUUAUUGAUAUCAUGGGAAGGUUUGCGAUCCAGUUAAUGGGAUUCUUCAUGAUGACUGUGUUUAUGUUUGCCAUUGCCUUUCCUUACGACCACUGGACCAAACCCGACAACCGUAUCGGAUUUGUGGUUAUGUACUCACUCACAUUUUUCUUUGCUAACUUUGGACCCAAUGCAACCACUUUUAUUGUCCCAGCUGAGAUUUUCCCAGCUAGGCUAAGGUCCACAUGCCAUGGAAUAUCAGCUGCAACAGGUAAGGCUGGAGCCAUUGUGGGAGCUUUCGGGUUCUUAUACGCCGCUCAGUCACAAGACAAGAACAAGACGGAUGCAGGAUACCCACCAGGCAUUGGAGUCAAGAACUCAUUGAUUGUGCUUGGUGUCAUUAACUUUAUCGGAAUGCUCUUUACCUUCCUUGUUCCUGAACCUAAGGGUAAAUCUCUUGAAGAGCUCUCCGGUGAGACUGAGGCUGAAAAAUGA